UGACGUUUCCCGUGUUGUUGUUGACUGCCUGCAGAGACUGUUGAGGCUGUGGCUUCCUUCAAGUCGAGGCUUCACUUUUAGGUUUGUUUUUUUCUCCCUCUUCUUUUUUCUUCCUUUAUUUCCCGUCAAACUGUCGCCUUCACGAGAGAGCGCCGGACUUCGGGUGGUCUUAAGACCACAUCCCAGCUCCUCCCUCUAGAGGCAAUCUUGAGUUUGGCUGACCCCCUCCUCCCCCACAACCACCGUCAGCAGCAUUGCACCACAGCCUCGCGCCAUGACAGCCAUGGACACCUUGGCCAGCGAUUCCUGUCACACGCUGAGCGACACGGACAUAGAAACGAUCAGCCAGGAGGAGCUGGUGAUCUUCGAUACCGUUCAGACGUGCUACUCCAACCAGAAGGACAUCAUCGUGUUGUACACUUCCGGAACAGCGGUGCAGCACACCCGGAGCGACUGGAUAGGUCUGUUCAAGAAAGGUUGGCAGACGACUUCAGAUUAUUCUUUGCACCAGUGGGUUCCAUUUGAUCCCAUCAGCACAUGGCAGCCUCGCAGAAGGAAGACUAUCUUCUCCCAAGCGGACGUGAGCAAGCUUUCGGGAACCUUUCAGUUUCUGUACGUGGCGGGGGAGGAGCAGGUUCUCGGGGUGAGUGAAACGUUUCAGAUUUCCGAUAAAGAUUUACCUUCAGGGAGCGCCCUCAGCAAUCAACCUCCGCAAUCGUUGUCCCUUCACAGCUUGGAAUUUUUAUCUUCAUCAUCGUUAUCGUCCGAAGACCAUGAACAUUGUGAGUACAAAGUGAACAAGAUCAAGUCGUUGUCGGAUCACACUUUAGCCCAAAGUACAAACUCUAGCUUCAAAAGCAAUGAGUUUAGCUCCUUGCAGGACUCAGCAACCCUGUCCGACUUUCAUCUCCCCUUAAGCAAUGACGGUUUCUAUCAAAAACUCAAGUUUGUCAAGCAUGGAAAUGAAGAGAAGGCUAGAAGUAAUCACGAUGAUUUAAAUUACCUCAACCUUUCUUCGCCUUUGCCACAAGGUAGCAAGCUUAUACAAGAGUUAGGAGACAAGCUUCAGUCGAGCAGCAGCAGAAGCAGCAGUAUAAUUUUUUCUCCAUAUGGGCAGAAAGCCUUCCCGAAAGCCAUCCAUUUUCAUCCAUACCAGAGGCCGCGCCAAUCGCUAGCACUUUCAAUGUCCCGUGAGAACUUCCACAGUUUGUGGCUGGAGGUGUACCGUAAUGUUGUCCCUGACUCCAGCUUCUUAAGUUUCGAUCCUUUCAAAUCAUCAACCAAGUCCGAUGUGAAUAAACUUAAAGUUUGGAAAACUGCAUCUACCAAUGACACAAAAGAAGAUAAUCCUCUUUCAAUAUCGAAUGUGAUCUCAAAGAUCCAGGAGCCACCACCAAGCAGCAGCAAGGCGUCAGAAGCCGAGAUGAAAGAUGGCGAUACGGAUGAGGAUAGCAGCAGUUUCAGCAUCCUUGAUAAGAAAAGUCAAAAUGUUUGCAAUAGCGUGCUUGGAAUGUUCGAAAAGAAAAUGCCAUCGGAGAACGACGACAGAGAGCGUUGCACCACAAGCAGAUCUUUAAAGAAGUUCACAUUCUCUUUCAGAGGCAACGAAGUGUCAAAUACUUUAGUUCCCACGUGGCCAAAAAACUUCCCCUUGCCCAUGUCAGGCGUCGAGAAGCCUCAGACCUCAGCUGACCCGUGUGUAAAGGCGCCCAAAGAUGAAGCACGCAGAGAAAAUCACUCCUUUGUUAUUACAGCUGCCACUGACAAUUUCCUCGCUUCUGCUGGCUUCAGCACCAAUGGACCCAACAUCGCAGCAAAGUUCCAUGGGACGUCCUUCCUUGGCGUGUCUCGACCUCGCAAGCGAUCUGCGCCGACUUUGAACGGCAGAGUCUCCAGCGCCAAGAAGCGCCACCUGUCCCAGGUGAAGUUUGCGGGCAGACGAUUGCAAGUCGGGUCCAUGGCGGACAAGACUGCGUCGGACCUCAUCCGCACCUGCUUCUCUGGCGAAGCGACGGCCCAGCUAGCUGAGAUGACAGAGCGAAUAUCUCUGCUCGACAUGGCGUUGUUGGAGGCCCUGAAGGAAAAUGCAGACUUGCGAGGCAAGCUGCUGUGCAUGGAAGAGAAGAUGCAGAAGAUGAAUCAAGAUGGCGGUGCGGAGAAAGACGCUGUCAAUAAGCGAAAGGAGCGAAAGUCCUCACGUCGAACUCGGGCGAUUUCCGAGAAGCAGACGACAAAGAAGACCAAGACGAUAACGAAUGAUGACAUCGAAAUGCAGGAGCCAAGCGAUCUCCCUCGAACGACACGUCCUUCCUCCCAGGCAAGUAACGGUCAAAAUUGUUGCGUUAAAGUCGCUGACGCAAAGGUCACGCCAUCCGCUCCACGCAGCAAGGGUAAGCGACCCAACAGCGGCCAUCCUGAAUCAUCGCGGCCGUGUGUACCUGUCAAGAAAGGAGCAUCGGAGAUUUCGGGAGUCACGGUAGGAAAGACAAAUGAAAAGAUGCUCCCUGCUACUCGCGCAGGAGUAAAAGUAUCAUCUGACAAAGCCGUCAACACCGCAUCGCCAAAACACUCGGUGGCGGUAAAAUCCGACAGAAAACCUCAAAAAGCCCCAUGUGACCAGGAGGAUAAUAGCUGCUACUGCCACCCUAACAAGGCCUCCAGCACCGCUGACAGCAGCAGCCAGGAGCAGCACACUCCGGAGAAGUGGGACGUGGUCUCUUCCAAGCGUAUGGUGCGCCUAAAGCGGCUGGUGGCCCGCAAGAAGGAAGAAUUUGCGCAGCUGCGCGACAGCGUGGAGAAGGACAAGCAGCGUGUCGAGAUCCUACAGGAGCAGCUGCGUGCCGUGCGCACAACUCUGUCCUUUGAAACGCGGCGCCGCCUGAACGCCGAGAAGGACCUCAACGUCAUCCGCAUCCGCUUCUGGGAGCUGAUUUCCGCGCGCAAGUGGCAGGGGUGGGGCGCCUUCAACACCAACAACGUCAUGGUGUCAUCGGCCAGCAGUCUAGGAAUCUUCGGCGAUGCACAGGAGGGAGAGCUUCUCAGCCACCUCAAAGCUUUGCCGUGGAAAAUGGAGAAGGACAAGCAAAACGAAUCGACGAAAGUCCACAGGUUUUCAGGAUGGUAUGCGAGGAAAAACGAAAAUGUCCAGACGACGAAAGGAGGCGCGAAGAUGAGCGGAGUCUGUGCUGACGAAAGCUUGGCGGAUGACACCAUAGGCGAGGAUGAGGAGGUUGAGAUGCAGAAGAGCAUCAGAGAUCUCAGACGUAGUGUUACCUUCCGGCAGUUCUUGCUGCCCCACGAGACGGUCACCUCCGCAGGGAACGGCAUGAAAAAUAAGAACAUGAAGGUAAACGCAGCUGCAGCUAUGAAAUCUGCCAAUACUACCGGCACCACCCUCACCACCCGACCGUCCAGCAGCCACAGUUCCCGCUUCAAGAGCAAACAGACGUUACUGAAAGGUAGGGUGAGAGUAACCCGCAAGCGGAAGGAAUCGAACCUCGCUGCUCUGGAACACGAAUCGGUCACAAGUCCGCCGCAGCAUACCCGCAGACAUGGGGUCAGGGGUCAGUCCCUCCAGGGUCCCGACCAAGAAACGAAGGAGCAGUGGCCGGAGUCGGACGGGGCUGACGACAGCGGAGUCGACGAUGUGCUAGAUGAGGACAGCAAAAACUGGUCUCCGCCGCCGGUCAACGUGCAGUUGCAGGGCGCAAAGUCGUCUGUGGUCGUUGUCGGUGGCCGGAACAACAGCAGCCUGCUGGGCAGACCGUCGGGGGAUCUCCUGGCCAAGCGGGGACGAUUCUCGUCAUUAGUGAACUUCACUCACAACGAUUUGCGGCCAGGCCAGAGGUCAGCCAGCCACCUGGCGGUUCUCAACGGAGCAUCCUGCCAGCCUCCGCCUGACGUCGUCAUGUCCGCCACCCCACUGACGUCCCUGGUAGGCUGCGGCAACAGCUCUUUGGGUGCUGGGCAGGCGGGUAGUCACCACCGUCCUGGGCACGCCAACCGCUUUCUCCCUGAUUGCGACAUCGAUGUACAGCAGCCAGGAGGAGGAGCCAAGCCUCGGGCGCUGCACUUUGAGUACAACGACAAGAUGCACAACCACAACUUGAACCAGCAGAUUCGGUUGGGCAGGUGUCUAACCUGUGGAAUGCGCUUCUCUCACACGUUGGAUAGGUUGCUGGCGGAAGAACACAUGCACCUCCAUCACGCCUUUACCGAGUGAGUCCUCCAGGAACAUCACCAGCAUCCCUCCCACAAUCCAUCCUUACCCAAACUUUCGAUCUUCUUUAUCCUCAUCCCCUCUCCCCUUCCCCCAGAUAUAUAUAUAUAUUUUUUUUUAUUUUCUAAGGAUUUUUCGUGAUCGUGGUUUUCAUAGUGCUUGUAAAAGACGGUAGCAUCUUACUUGUAGUCAUUUACUCACCAGCAGCUGGGUUUGCGCCAUUUUUAUUUUUGAUAUUUUUUAAUUUCAUUAUUAUGAUAACUAUUCCUUCUCUUUUUCGAGCAUCUUUGUCGCUUGUAAAACUUGUCAAAUGUGUCCACGAAGUGCUUGCAAUCGAGACCCGAGCUGGAUUCAGAUUGUAGAUUCGUUUUUCAUUUCAUCCGUAUUUUUAGUUCGUAAGUUUUGGUGUUGUUUAUAAAAAUAAUUGCCUCUGUAUAUUGACUUACCGGUGUCAGGUAAGACCGCCCAAACCCUAGCAAAACAACCUGACACGGUUAUACUCCUCCGAGACUGUUUAAAAUCGGAUGGAAUCGCUUUCAGGGAACGAUGGUCUAGAGAAGUAAGAGAAGAUUGAGAACCUCAACAUCCGGGUCUCUAGCUUUAGCACUAACAUUGGUUCAUUGGGCUGCAGUCAGACGAGAUCUCCAUCAAAGUCCUUGUCUAUAAAGCGAAAAAAAAAUAAUAUCUUUUAUAUGGCGGUCCCUACACACUUAAAGCUAAUCGUCGCAGCAAUGUGCGCGUAAUGUAUAUAUUUUUUCUUUUAGAAAUACGUGUAAUUAUUUAAAGAAAAAUCCACACCUCGACUACACUUUGUUAACUCUUGGUAACACAUACGUACACACACAUACACCACCUCCUUGUUAUCCUUUUUACAUUCUCACAACAUCUCCUUUCGUUUCAGCUUCCCUCUUCUCCGAAUUUGUUUUUUCUGCCCCUAAUUCCCACCGUACAACUCGUCCCCUCAAAUCCCCUCUCCUCCCCAUCGCACCCCUCUCCAACCCUUGUUUUGUCGUCCCACAGAGUCGCACCUGCCGGGUGCGAUUGGUCUCGCGGGUUAUCACCCUGAACUUGCUCGGCAAUAAAUGAGUGUUUGAGGAG